AUGGCUGCCAAAAGGGAGCAGCAGGAUGACCACCAGGUCACCUCCUCCAGAGGCAGCAAUCAGAGUGAAAAUAGCACCUCUGGGGGUGGAAUGAUGCAGCCCCCCCCCCAAGAGAAAGGCAGGGGCUCUGCUGUGGGCCCACAAAAAGAAUCCCUGGGCAGGAAGGAAGUCCAGGUCCACCUGCCCACGGCCCUAAGGCCCCUGCUCAUGCAAGAUUGGGAGCUGGUGACCCUCAGGAGAAAGCUCUUCACCCUGCCCGCCAAGAAGACCGUCACCGUCAUCCUGACAGAGUAUGUCACCUUCCAGCCAAACUGCCAAACCCAAGACAAAAGGUAUGCCGUCAGUGCAUUGGUAGCCAUGAUCAAAGAGUACUUUGACCUGGUGUUGGGCACCCAGCUGCUCUACAAGUUCGAGAAACAACAACAUGCUGAGGUUCUGGCCUGUUACCCCACUUGCCAGAUGUCCCAGAUCUAUGGAGGUGCUCACUUGCUGCGCCUCUUCCAGCAUCUGGGCCCCAUGUUCACCUGGUCUAGUCUGAGUGAAGACAGCCUUGAUGUGCUAAUGAGCCAUUUGCAAGAUUUCCUGGAGUAUCUGGCCAGGGAUACUUCUCGGCUAUUUACAGCAGCCACUGAUUACCAGCUGGCCCCUGCUGAGUACCAGCCAAAAGCUGAGUAAGGGCUUGGUGGUCUUGGCUCCUGCCAAAUUAGCAUUUCUUGGAGCCAAUCUAUUGAGUACAUCAGUCCACAUCUUGCCAAAAUGAUCUGUUCCUGUAUUGUGCUUGCAUUGUUUCAGGGUUGAUGUUUUUCCUUUAAAUUUUCCGUUAACUAUUUCCAUGGAGGAAGCCUCUUCUCCCCUUACAAAACAGUAACCAGUGUUUGCAGUAAUGGACAUAGAGACUGGGCUGCCGAGUAGGAGCUUUCCCUGCCUGCCAAGAUGACCACAAGGCAAGAGGUGUACUUUGCAUUCUGGUGGUUCCACACUUCAGCACUUAAGAACUGUGUUAAUGCUCAGACCAAAGAUCUUGAUUGAUGAUUGUUAGUGCCAGAUGUCACCACUU